GUUUUUUUGAUCAAUCGAACCUUGACAGAUAAAUUUCGUACUUUCCAAAUCGAUCUUGGUCAAGGACGCAUAAAUUUAGUUUCCAUUCAAUCAGCGCCUUGAAACAAAACAUCCACUCAAAAUCAAUCGCGUCAAAUGAACCAGCCAUGAGACGACCAUGGACGUCAUCGCGACAUUUCUGAAGGGCGUCAGGGAGCUGGUCGUCGCCGGCGACGGCAGUACCCUCUGCGACUGGCUAGUGGCCGAGCCGGAUUCGCCUCCCGCGUAUCACUUCAUCGGUCAGGAGCUGCGCAAAAAAUACCCAAAGGGCAGCAGCGGUCUGCAGGCUCUCGUCGAAAAGUCGCUCCCAGAAGAGGAUAAUGUGCCCGAGGGCGGCAGCACGCCAUGGCCGGGCUUCCACGCCUUCAUGACCGAGUACCUCUCGUACUGGCGGGACGUCAACUUUAACGACUUGAUGGAUAUCCACGAGCGUCUGUGCGCACUCUCAGUGUCCUGCACUUCAGCACUAAAGCAUCCCGGCCAGGGCAGCAUCAUGGUUCAGACCAGUGUCUCUUACGCGCAAUCCAUGAUCAAGCUUGUCAGCGUUCUGAAUGGUCGUCCGGACAUCACUGCCGCUCGUCGCCAGCAGAGCAGUGGAGAUGAGGGUGAGGCUCGGACUUUUAUGGACGACUCACUCGAUGUGAUCAAGGAAAUGUUCUCAAGCUGUGCCAGAGAUCGUGGCCAACUAACCCCCGGUAGCAAAAAGUCGGUCGUCUAUCUGCUCGCCAGCAUGGCCUUCCGCCUACUAUUUAUUUGCGGAAGACCAAUGAUGGCAUGGUCACUUCUGAACGGUUUGGAGCAGGCGCCGGCAUUGUCCCUAUACCCAGCCGUCCAACGCACCACGUACCUCUACUACCUCGGUCUGGUCAUGUUUCAGAGCGAUCAUUACCCCCGAGCAGCGGCUGCUCUUGACGAAGCAUAUAGGCAGCUGCCGAGGCACCUCACAAAGCAGCGCCGGUUGGUGCUCACCUUCCUGAUACCUGCCAACAUUCUCUCCGGGCGUCUCCCGUCGGAUACGUUGCUGCAGCGGCCAGAGGCACAGCAGUUGGCACCUAUUUUCCGACCCAUGGCCAUGGCCAUACGAAAGGGCAAUUUUGCGGCGUUCCAGCAGGCGCUGAAUACCCAUCAGGCCUGGCUGCUGGAGCGGAACUUACUCUUCCCGCUCAUGUAUCGUGCAAGGCCGUUGCUCUGGAGGUCGCUGACGCGGCGCGUGUUUCUGCUGACGUAUAAGCCGGUCGACGCGGGCAACGAGGCGAUGCUGCCGGCUGGGCGCAAGGCCGUCACGCUCGAUCUCAACAUGGUCCAAGCGGCAGCCGACUACAUCCAGCGCUCGCUCGAGGGUCACGUUCCCGCCAUACCACCGAGAGCCAGCACCAAACCCCCGGGACAACACACGACCAACCCGCUCUUCCUGCGCGCCGUCGCCAACAGCACGCCGCAGCCGCCCGAGUCGACGACGCUGGUCUCGGGACCCGGCGGCACGCGCAAGCUGCGCGCGUACGAGGGCCUGCUGUGGGGCAACCUGCCCGUCACGGUCGAGCACGUCGAGGUCGCCGUCAUGGGCCUGGUGGCGCAGGGUCUGAUGAACGGAUUCGUGUCGCACUCGGGCCGCAAGUUUGCCAUUCAAAACAUCAAAAAGACGGGCGGCAACGCGGCGGCCGCCGGCUGGCCACCCAAUGUGUCCGAGGUCAUUUUGCAGAGGUUGCGGGACCAGAGUGUCGAUACGGAUUGGGUGCCUGGGUGGGUUAGGUAGUUUCUGUCAUGUCCAUGGUGUUGAUUUUUAUUUUUAUAAGGAUGUGGGACAACCAAAAUAUGGGAUUCGGGUGGACGGCUUGUUUUAUAAGAACCAGUAAUACUUCUCCCUUGACUUGUCACAUCAGUCAAGGUCACGCAAAACUCGAUAGUCAGAUUUUCCCCUGGCCCGUAUGUGAA